GUCGGACGCGGUCGGACGUAGCGAAGAACUCACCAUGAAGCGCAGCUUCGAUCGGUGAUCGAUAUCUCGACCUCGAACUCGCGAUCGCCCACGGCUUCCGGCGGCUGGUUAACUCGAGAUUUCCGGACAGCCCGAGGCCGAACUCGACCGAUUCGAGAGAUCGAUUGGACCACUCGAUCUCCGUUUCAAAAUCGCGAUUACAAGGAAAAUCAUCUUCAAAGCCCACGAUGGAGAACUACACGUCCGACUCGAGCGACUCCGACACGAGUGGAGGGAAGACCCUGGACCUGUCGUAUCUGAUGCUGUAUCCAGCCGUCCUGAACGAGUACUUCCUCGGCGCGAAGAACCCCGAGCACGUCGAGACUCUUCUGCUUCACCAGAACCGUUUGGACCAUCUUCCUCCGAGUAUAAAUCGGUUCUCCAGCCUGCACAGCCUGGACCUGUCGAAUUGCGGGCUGACCAGGCUGCCCGACGACCUGGGCGAUUGUCCGCUGAUGUGCCUGAUCGCGAAAAAUAACAACCUGCGGAACGAGUCCUUGCCGAAGAGCCUGGAGAACCUGCCUUACCUGCGGGAACUGAACCUCAGCGGAAACAGGCUGACCGAGUUCCCGGAACAAGUUCUGGACCUGGCCAGUCUGAAAUACCUGUACCUAGGUGGCAACGCCAUCACCGAGAUCGCAAAGGACGUGUGGAAGCUGCAGAGACUUCAAGUACUGUCCAUGGGAGGUAACGGACUGACGGAGGUGCCCUCGACCGUGGGACUGCUGACCGCGCUGCAAGCCCUGGUGCUCUGCGAUAACAAGCUGGAAAGCCUGCCGAGCUCGAUAGCGAACCUGAAGAACCUGAAGUCCCUCCUGCUGCACAAAAAUUGCUUGAGAACGCUGCCCACGGAGAUUAUCACGCUAAAGUGCCUCACCGAGCUCUCUCUUCGCGAUAACCCCCUGGUGGUGCGCUUCGUCUCGGACAUGACUCACAAUCCGCCAUCCCUGCUGGAACUCGCGGCGAGGGUGGUCAAGACCAACGAGAUCCACUACGACAAGACCAACGUCCCCAGGAACCUCAUCGACUACUUGAACAGCGCUCACCGAUGCGUCAACCCCAAGUGCAAAGGGGUGUUCUUCGACAACCGGGUGGAGCACGUCAAGUUCGUGGACUUCUGCGGGAAAUAUCGCCUCCCGUUGUUGCAGUAUCUCUGCAGCAGCAAGUGCAUCGGUCCUCGCGAAGGGGACGAGGAGAUGGUAUCCGGAGCCAUGAUAAGGAAGGUCCUCCUGGGUUGACCGCGUUUUAUCGGGGGUCAUCCUCAACGGCACCCUGAAGAGUACCUCUCGACUUCUGCGGGCAGAAGACUCCGGGACGUCCACGGUGGAUCUUCGAAAGAACCGUUCAAGUGCUCGAAACCUGCAAAAAAAAUUAUGGACGAGUUUCCGCGUUUUAUCAACUAAGAAAAUAGAAACCAACGUAACAGCGCGCGAGAACCGUCGCUAUCGAUAUCGAGCAUCGUCGAGACGAUUGCGCGAUUUGUCCAGCGAUAGGACAAAUCGAUUUACAGCGAUUUGACUAUCGAAACGCGACCAAAGGAUUUUUUAUUUGCUUCUCUCGAACCUUUCUCCCGACUGGAGGAAGAGGUUCGCCAGCGCAAAGAGCUCAUAAACUUUAUCGGUAACGUAGCAUUCUCGUUUUACAGGUUUCUCUAUUUUCUUGUUGCGCUUCGAUAAGCCCGUGAAGUGGAAAUAAGGAAAGAGAGAGAGAGAGAGUGUACACCGAUAACUUUUGGAACUGGGUCGACGUACAUAAAUUUCGCAACGGCCUCUCGAACACACGCCCUUCUCAACGUUAUCGUUAAUAUUUUAUUGUUAAAUAAACCACAAAAAUGUACAGUAA